GCAGGACCUUAGCGUCAGGUGAGCAGGUUAAACAUAAACAGUCACGUGCUGACGCAGGAAGCUACUCUGGGAUCAAAGAGACUCUGAAACUUUGGGCUCUCGGAUGGUCACCGGUUUUAGUUUUGGGAGUAGUUUCUACAAAGGCCUGGUGCUCUGGGACAUCAGUGUGAAGGUUCAGAACAAAAGUUCUCAGGUGGAGGUCAAGGUGGAUUGAGGGGGCAGUGAUGUCACAGCAAGAUGUCAUAAACUUUGCAGCCCUGGAGCAAGAGCUUCGAGCAGCAGUCGAGUCAGAGAGACGAUACCAACGUGAGAACGAGACCAAGCUGAGAGCGGUCACCAAUCGAGUCAGCUACGAACAGUUCAGAGACCUUGUCCUGACCUCUCACCUGAAGCCCCUGGAAAAGAAGGACAAAGACAGAGCUCCACGGAGCCAGAGCUGGAAUCCCAUCGCUCCGGGCAACAUGUGAUGGACAACCACUGAGCAUCACUUCACUCCAUGACUCUUUUUUUUAAAAUAAAUAACAAAUGUGUUGUUUUAUUUACAAAAUAAUUAGAUGUAACAGUGUUGAAGUUUUCAAACCAAACAGCUAAAUAAACAGUUUCAGAGACA